UAUCAAUAAAAUAAAAAUUGCCAUUUUUCCAAGAAUCGAUUGUGUGAUAUUUUCAACACUAUCGAUUACUAUUUCGAUAGUAUUCGAAAACAAACAAAUUAAUCCAAUUAUCAUGAGAGAAUUGUUAAUAAAUCUAAUUAAUCAAAUAUUAAUAAAAUUUAAUCCGGCUAAAUGUAUGUUAUUAAUUAGUAAAUUAUUACGUACAAGAGAACCGGAUCAAAUUGAACAACAUAUAACAACAACAACAAUACCAACAACAAAACUUCAAAAAUGUCUGAAAACACGAGAUCUAGUAUCGCUUGGUGUUGGCAGCUGUGUAGGCACCGGAAUGUAUUUAGUGGCCGGAAUGGUUGCCAAAAAUUUAGCCGGACCUGCUGUGAUCAUUUCAUUUUUAAUCGCUGGUAUUGCAAGUCUUUUAUCGGGCGUUUGCUAUGCCGAAUUUGGUGUUCGAGUGCCAAAUACUUCAGGCUCAGCCUAUAUGUAUAGCUAUGUGACUGUAGGUGAAUUUAUUGCCUUUGUCAUCGGAUGGAAUAUGAUUCUUGAAUAUUUAAUUGGUUCAGCAGCCGGUGCAGCUGCAAUUAGCGCCUGUAUUGAUUCAAUGUAUAAUGGUCAUAUGUCAUUAUGGAUACGUUCAAAAUUUGGUACAUUUAUUGGCCAUACACCGGAUCUAUUUGCAGCAUUCAUAACAAUUUUAAUGACAUUAAUAUUGGCUACCGGUGUUAAAAAAUCCCUUAUGUUUACAAAUAUUUUAAAUGCUAUUAAUUUUAGUAUUUGGUUUUUUAUUAUUAUUUCAUCAUUAUUUUAUCUGGAUUUUUCAAAUUGGUCUACCCAUGAAACAAUAUCUUCAACAACAACAACAAUAACGCCAAUAACAACAACAACAACAACAAUUAAUAAUGAUGAUAAUAAUAAUAGCCUUCAUCAUGAUGAUAAUGAUCAUAAUCAUCAUGAUCAAAAUCAUUAUCAUUAUCAACGUGGUUUUGCACCAUUUGGUUGGUCCGGUAUAUUAAAUGGUGCGGCCACUUGUUUUUAUGCAUUUAUUGGUUUCGAUAUAAUUGCAACGACAGGUGAAGAAGCAGAAAAUCCACAACGUUCAAUACCAACGGCUAUUGUAACCAGUAUGAUUAUUGCAUUAAUUGCAUAUAUUUCAUCAGGUUUAAUCGUAACAUUAGUCAUACCAUAUUGGCAAAUCGAUACAAAUUCACCAAUAAUCGAAAUGUUUGCCGAUAUUGGUGCAAAUCGUUGUAAAUUUUUUGCCGCUAUUGGUGCUUUGGCUGGCCUUUUUGUUUCAAUGUUUGGUUCAAUGUUUCCAAUGCCAAGAGUUGUUUAUGCAAUGGCUAAAGAUGGUCUAUUAUAUAAUACAUUUGCACAAAUAUCACCAUUUACUAAUACACCGAUAAAAUCAACAUUAAUAUUUGGUUUAUUUACAUCAUUUAUAGCAUUGAUUAUGUCAUUGGAAGUAUUAGUUGAAAUGAUGUCAAUUGGAACAUUAAUGGCCUAUACAUUGGUGUCAGCAUGUGUAUUAUUAUUACGUUAUCAGCCAACAAAAACAAAUUUGAUUGAAUUAUUACCACAAUCAAUACGAUCAGCAUGUAUGACACCGAAUAAAGAGAUACCACCUUCAUUUGUUCAACAACAACAACAACAACAAUAUUAUCCAACACCACCUUCAUUUGUUUGUCCAUCAACAACAACAAAACAAACAACAACAAUAACAACAAAUCCAAUGAUGAUGAUGAAUCAAAUGUCAAGACAACAAUGUUAUUCGAAAAAAAUUUAUGAAUCAUCCGAAAGUGGUGGUGAUGAAUAUGAUCCAAAUUGGUCAAGACAAGAUAGUAAAGAUGAUGAAUUUCUUGUACCAGGUACGGCUGGUUUACAUUAUGGUUCUGUUCCAUAUCAACAUGGUGGUAGUAGUAGCCGUCGUUAUGGUAUACUUGAUAAAUAUGAAAAAUUAUUAAUGUAUCUAUUUCCAUAUGGUUGGAAAGUAAAUACACCUGCAACCGAAGAUAGUGGAAUGUAUGUUGCACGUUUAGUUGGCAUAUAUUUAAUACUUGUAUUCAUAUUCGAUAUAUUACUUGCCUGGCAUAUAAAUUCAUUAAAUUGGAAUAAUCGUCUAUUAUUAUUAUUAUUUAUAUUUAUAUUCAUUUCAAUUAUUAUUAUUAUACUAGCCAUAUCUCGACAGCCACAAAUCAGGUGUAAUUUAAAAUUCAAAGCACCUGGUAUUCCAUUCGUGCCUGCCAUUGCAAUUAUUAUUAACAUUUAUCUAAUAUUAAGACUUUCAAUAUUAACAUUGGUACGAUUUACUGUUUGGAUGACUAUUGGUUUAUUCAUUUAUUUUGGUUAUGGUAUUAAUCAUAGCCUUUUGGAACAACAACAACAACAACAAACCACAACUGAUCAACAAACAAAUAUUGGUGAUGAUAAUGACAAUGGACAACAAAUUUAUAAUGGUCUUAAUCAAAAUAAUUUACAACAACAACAACAACAACAGACAACAUUGGAAUUAAAAAUACCAUCAAAUCGUUUACAACAAACAAUGGUUAAUAAAAAUAAUCCAUUUUUAAAUCCAUCAAUAGAAUUAUCAUCAUUUCAACGAAACGAUUCGAUUGAUAAAAAACCACCUAUACCACCAAGACCAAAAAAUCGACAACAAACAAUUGAUGAUGAUAAUGUAAAUGAAAAUCAAAAACAAAAACAACAAACACAAUUUCAAUAUCAACAACAAUCAUCAACACAAUGGGAAACAUUUGAUUGAUGGGGACAACAUUGUAUCGAUAAUUAACAUUGAUUUUUCUCAAAAAAGAUCUGAUCUUUUCAGAUUCAUUUUCAAACAAACAAGAUGAACAAACUUUUUUUUGGUGCUUUUUUUCA